CAAGUUGCCAUGUUCAGCUGCCAUGAACAAAGAAAAUACACAUUACUUCUGGGAAUUAACAUGGAGAGUAACCCAUUCAUCUUCCUUUCAUGUGACAGCAUUGGUGCUUGAAUCUUCUAGUCAAAAAACACGACCGCUGCUUAUUCCAGUGUCUGAGAAGUCAUUGGUGGAUGUACCUGCUUUGCCAUCCCAAGAGCAGAUUGCACCUUUUGGAAGUCUAGAAAAAGAAUCAGAGAAUGAUCAGAGAAAAGAUGAAAACAAAAUAAUUGAAGAUACUCUUUCUGCUACAAAUGAUGUUCAUACAACAGCUGUAAAUGGCAAAUCCAAAGAUUCUCAGCAAGAAAAUGUUGCACAUCAAGCAAACAAGGAAAAUGCAAAAAGCAGAUCGCAGGUGCCUGCGGGUGAACAACCCACGAAUGUCAGGAUCUCUCUUGGAGCUAAAGAGUUUAAAGAAAGUAAAAACAUAGAAUCUUUUACUUUAAUAGACAAAGAACAAAUUGUAAAGCUUAAGACAGAAGCAGGCUCCACAGGUGAUGCUGUAGUAACUGAAGAUGAACAGACCAGGCGUGUUACAUUUGAUGGUGAAUACCAAUACAAACAUUUUGAACACUAUGAGCCACAAGAAGAUGAUGGUGUGGGUGGGCCAACAGAAACACCUUUGUUAUCUUAUGAAAAACAUAAAAUUCAGGCAUCAGAUGCAACUGCUUUUGAGAACGAUUCUACUACUUUUUCAGAUGCAAAGACAGCUCCAUAUAAAGAGGAGGGCGAAGUCCCAGUUGACAUGGGUCAUGCUACACCCAUAAAGCAAGAAACAAGUAUUCUAACAACAUUGGGAGACACAUUCUUUGCUAUCAUUAGUGGAGGGGAAUGCACGCAAGAUGUCACCUAUCCAGGCAGAACUAAUUUAGAGGAACAAGAAAAUUAUGAUGAACCAAGUGAAGAGUUAGAAGAUACGCACCUAUACUUACUUGGCAUAGAGAAAAGCAACAUGCCUAAAAAUGAACUUUUAAAGAAUGUUGAUGAUGAUGUAGUUCUGGAUUACAAGGGGUCUUCAGACAAUGAACAUGCAAAGAGUGAUUCCCAAGUGCCAGAUAGUGAGCAAUCUAAUGGCAUAUAUCAGAAAGGAGCUAACAAUUCUAAAGAAAGCAAACACACAAAAUCAUUUACUCUGAUAGACAAAGAUAAGAUUGUAAACUUAAAAACAGAAGCAGGCUCAACAGGUGAUGCUGUAGUAACCGAAGACGAAGAGACCAGGCUUGUUACAUUUAAUGGUGAAUACCAAUACAAACAUUUUGAACACUAUGAGCCACAAGAAGAUGAUGGUGUGGGUGGGCCAGCAGAAACACCUUUGUUAUCUUAUGAAAAAUUUAAAAUGCAGGCAUCGGAUGCGACCGCUUUUGAGAAUGAUUCUACCACUUUUUCAGAUACAAAGGUGGCUCUAUUCAAAGAGGAGGUCAAAGUUUCAAUUGAUAUGGGUCAUGCUACACCCAUAAAACAAGAAACAAGUAUUCGAACAACAUUGGGAGACACAUUCUUUGCUAUCAUUAGUGGAGGGGAAUGCACACAAGAUGUCACCUAUCCAGGCAGAAUCAAUUUAGAGGAACACGAAAAUAAUGGUGAACCAAGUGAAGAGUUAGAAGAUACGCACCUAUACUUACUUGGCAUGGAGAAAAGCAACAUCCCUAAAAUUGAACAUUUAAAGAAUGUUGAUGAAGUUCUGGAUUACAAUGGGUCUUCAGACAAUGAACACGCAAAGAGUGAUUUAGAAGUGCCAGAUAGUGAGAAAGCUCAUAGUAUAUAUCAGAAAGGAGCUAAAAAUUCUAAAGAAAGCAAACACACAAAAUCAUUUACUCUGAUAGACAAAGAUAAGAUUGUAAACUUAAAAACAGAAGUAGGCUCAACAGGUGAUGCUGUAGUAACUGAAGAUGAAGAGACCAGGCUUGUUACAUUUGAUAUUAAUUAUCAAGACAAAGAUUUUGAACCUUAUGAGUUGCAAACAGAAGAGGAUAUUGCAAAGCCAACAGAAACGCCUUUGUUGUCUUAUGAAGAAUUUAAUAUAAGGUCAUCAGAUCAAACAUCUUUUAAAAAUGAUUCUACCUCCAUCACUGGAUUAGAAGCAAUGGCAUCCCCAUCCAACGAGGAGGUCGGAUUCUCAGUUGACAUGGGCCAUGCUACCCCCAUAAAGCAAGAUAAGAGUAUUCUAACAACAUUGGGAGACACAUUCUUUGCUAUUGUCAGUGGAGGGGAACACACACGGGAUAUCACUGAUCUAGAUGGAACUGAUUCAUUUGAACAAGAAAUUGGCAUUGAAACAAGUGAAGAGGUAGAAAAAGAUAAGAACUUGUACUUACUUGGCAUGGAGAAAAGCAACAAGUAUGAAAAUGAACAAUUAGAACUCCAUUUUGAUGAAGAUACACUUGUUCUAGGAGAAGAGGGAUUACAGGAAAUUGAACAAAAUAUCAAUAUUACUGCAAACAACGUAUCUGAAAACACAGUAAAUAUAUCUUCAAGUGAUGGAACACCUCGUGCCAAAAGUAGUACCGAUACAGAUUCUGUACAAGUAGGUCUAGAUGUACAGAACCAACCUGAAUUUCUAAAUGUAAAAGAAAGGUCAAAAUCAAAGGCAGAGGCAGUGGAUUCUGAGAUCAGUGAAAAUACGAAAGAAGAAAGGAAUGUUGGAGAGCCAGCAAAAAAAUCUUUAUCUGAUGAAAAAUCUGAUAUGUCGUCAUCAUCACAUCAGACAGCUUUUGAGGAUGAUUCUAGUGCCAGCAUUUCAUCAAAAUCAAAGGAAUCCCCAUCCAAAGAGGAGAUACAAGUCUCUGUUGACAUGGGUCAUGCCACAACCAUAAAGCAAGAAAAUAGCAUUCGAACAACAUUGGGAGACACAUUCUUUGCUAUUGUCAGUGGAGGGGAAUGUACACAAGAUGUCACUGACUUAGACAGAAAUGAUUCAGAACAAGAAGAUGAUGAACCAAGUAAAGAGGUAGAAAAAAGUAACAACUUGUACUUACUUGGCAUGGAGAAGAACAGGCGUGAAAAUGAACAUUUAGAACCUCCUUUUGAGGAUAAUACAGUUGAUCUAGACGAUGGAUUAUGGAAAACCUUGCCAGCUGUUGAUGGAGAUAAAGAUUUAACAUUUGAGCAAAAGAUCAAUAUUAUUGCAAACAAGAGUAGUACUGAUUCUGUACAAGUAGAACCAGAUGUAUCAAAGCCACCUGAAAAUAUAAGUGUGACACAAGCAUCUGAUUUAAAAACUGAAGGAGUAGAUUCUAAGAUCAGUGAAAAAACUACAGAGGAAAGCCGAACGCCCACCAAAACAAGUGGUGCAAAGGAAGUAAAUGUUGAUCACAGUGAUAAGCCAAUACCAGAAGAUUUGCAAGAAAACAAAGACAUUAAAUUAAAGGAUUUAGGAAAGCCAAGCCUAUUAGAGAAAUCCAACCUGGGAAGCCCUAACAGUAAUCAAGACCAGACUGAAGUAGUUAAACAGGACAAACGUCCUUCAUUGACUUCAGAGUUUCCAGCAGAUAUCAAAUCGGCAAGUGAUUCUCUUACUGCUGAUCAUCCAAGAGAAGUGGAAGAUUCACAGGUGCAGUCUUCAGAUCAAUUUGUUAAAGAAACAGAAUCUCCAAAAGAAGGAGAUGAUGAAGAAAAAAUAAACGUAAAGCAUUGUAAUCCUGCAGACAAACAAGCAUUAGAAAAGUUACCAGUUAUGGAUAUAGAUGUUCUAGUGCACAAAGACAGUACUGUACAUUCAUUUGUUGACCCAAGUGAGACCAACAAGAAAACCGAACAUGAGCAGCUCUAUUCAAGUUAUCAGGAGGAAAAACGAGAGCCAAUAGAUACUAAAGGUGCAGACAAUUUUAAUGUAGGGUCAACAGAUUCUACUUUAAGCAAUCAGGAUCUUGCAGAAAAAGCUGCUGUAGAUGCCGAGCGUCCCCCAGGGACUAUUGAUAAAGGAGAAAAAGGCCAUAAAAAUGUAGAUGGUUUUCUGGAAGAUGAGAAUACCACAAGUGAUAAGCCAGCUGAAGAAAUUCUUGCAGAAACUGAGAAAGACACUAAGGUAGAUCCUAAAGUAUCUGAGGAAUCUGAUCUUGGCCAAGAAUUAAACCGUUCUCUAGAAAGUAAGGACACAAGCAAGCAAGAAAAUCAAGAUUCACUUCAAGUAAACUCAGGCAUUGUGACAGAAACAAAUGUGGAGAAAAUCGGUGAAGUAAAUGUAGGACCAGUCGUGAUUACGGACGAUCCAAUUAAGAAAAAAAACAAUUCUGAUAUUUUAGAUACCAAAAUAGAAAAAGAGACAGCAACUCUUGAGGUGUUAAGUAAAGCUAAAAUAACCAAGCAAGAUAAACAGGAAGACAUCUCUGACAAGACUAAUGACAAAAUAGCUCGUAUAGGAAAGAAUGAACCAUUCGCCGGAGAGCUUCCUGACGAUUCAAUACCUCUAAUGAACAAUGCUGUUCAGGAAGCAACUUAUGUUGAAAACAUUAAAGUCUUGAGUAUUAUGAGGGAGUAUUUGAAUGAGAUGCGUAUUGCACAGUUCACAAAGUACCUUGGUCCAGGCAACAUCAUGAGUCUGGAAGCCAUGUUUCAGGACUUGGACUCUAAGCUGAAGUUGGCUUGGAGGGACAGUUUACAUCUGGAUCAUAUUCACAAAGCUCUGGAUCAGAUUUUAGAGUUAUCAUCAUCAAAUAUUCUUGAUUUUGUGGAGAGUGUUUUGAAUACUCAAGAAGAAACCCACGAUGAAGAAAUGUUUGGUGAAAAGGCAGGCUUGAUAGUAGAUGUCCAGAAGAUCUCAUUAAGGCUCAGACAUAAACUUUCCACACAAAGUGACAGUUCUCUGCUUGCAUCUGGAUUGGUAACAGAAAAAAAAGAGGAGAAGCCAACCUCUGAUGAAAUGAAUCCAGAGGAGGAGAAAUCAGAUCCAGAGCCUGUCGCCAACAAAGAGGAGUCCACAGUGACUCCAGAAGAACUGCCACCAAAAGUGGAGUCUACAGUGAUUCAAGAAGAAAUGCCACCAGAAGAGGACUCCACCGUAAAUCAGCCACCAGAAGAGGACUCCACCGUAAGUCAGCCACCAGUAGAGGACUCCACCAUAAAUCAGCCACCAGUAGAGGAGUCCACCAUGAAUCAGCCACCAGUAGAGGAGUCCACCAUGAAUCAGCCACCAGUAGAGGGGUCCACCGUGAAUCAGCCACCAGUAGAGGAGUCCACCGUGAAUCAGCCACCAGUAGAGGAGUCCACCGUAAAUCAGCCACCAGUAGAGGAGUCCACCGUAAAUCAGCCAACAGUAGAGGAGUCCACCGUAAAUCAGCCAACAGUAGAGGACUCCACAAUGAAUCGGCCACCAGUAGAGGACGCCACAAUGAAUCAGCCACCAGUAGAGGACGCCACAAUGAAUCAGCCACCAGUAGAGGACUCCACAAUGAAUCAGCCACCAGUAGAGGAUCUCACAGUGAGUCAGCCACCAGUAGAGGAGUCCACAGUGACUCCAGAAGAAGUGCCUCCAGUAGAAGCGUCCACAUUGAAUCAGCUGCCAGUAGAGGAGUCCACAGUAAUUCCAGAAGAAGUGCCAUCAGUAGAGGAGUCCACAGUGAAUCAGCUGCCAGUAGAGACAGAGGUUGUCCUUCCCACCCAGGACUCCCUGGAUCACAUACCGCAUAAGCCAGAUGAAGCCGUUUCCCAGAAUGAAGAGGAUGUUGACAUAGAUGCUGCUUUAGAAGGAGACAGACUUGAAGAACCCCAAGAAUCUGAAUCCUGGCUUACAUCAAUACUGCAAACCUUCUCCAGCAUGGGCAGUGCCCUGCUUUCAGCCAAGAGCUCUCUGGGUCCUGUUGGAAGCCUGGUGGAAAUGGAUGAAAUGGAACAAACGGACCCUCUAUCUUCCUCCUCCUCCUCAUUGGGAGUGGGAGCAGACCCAGCCGUUCUGGGGACCCUCCCCACCUUAUACAGCCUUCUGAUCUCCAGACUUCUCCAGCUUAUGUCGGCUCUACCGGAAGACAUGCAGCCCGGUCCUGAUUUCUUAGGUGUUCAGUGGGAAGCUGUCAUCAUUACUCUCUUGGUGGGAAUGAUCUCUAUCAUGAUCCUUUUCUGGAGGACCUGUCUUUCGGUAAAGAGCAGAGUCUAUCAAGUCAGUGAAAAACAGCUUGUGGAGAAGAUCGCUGCUCUGAUGAAGGAGAAGAGUGAGGCUUUGGAAAAGAUAUCGGAGUUGGAGAAAAAGAUAAAAGAAGCUAAAGAGUCUGAGAGCACAACGCAGGAAAAGAGCACCCAUCUACAGGAAGAGACUGCCUCCCUAAAGGUGUCAAUUAAGGAGCUGAAGAACGGCAACAAACAAUUGGAUACCAAAAUGAGGAACUUGUUGCAAGAGUUGGACUCUCAGAAAAGUCAGAACAAGAGGAAACAGGAAAUGAUAUACGAAGGACAGAAAUCCAUAGAACAGCUUAAACAGCAGUAUGAGCAACAUUCAGCGGAACUCUCAGAGAUGCAAAUUGCUUUAAAUGAAACAAAACUAAAGGAGCAGAAGGUGCGCUCUGAUCUUCGUAGCGUGCAGGAGGAAAACACCUGUCUGAAGGCCAGGAAGGAGCAGCUGCUGAAAGAAACAGAAGGCUGGAGUGAGAGACAGCGAGAGCUGGAGGAGCAGAUACAGCUGCAGCAGAAAUCUCACAAGGAUAUGGAGGAAGCUCUGGCAUACAAAGAAAAUGAGAUCGAAGUGCUGACCAACUGCAUCAUGCAACUGAAGCAGCUGGAAGAAGACACGGUGGCUGGGGAAGAUGGCAGCUGGCAGCCGGACGGUGAUGGAGAGCUGGAAAACGGAGAGUUGCCAGAUAAACGCAAGGAAAAGAUGAAGCUGCAGAUUAAGCAGAUGAUGGACGUCUCACGGGUGAAAACAACACUAUCAAUAAUUGAGGAAGAAAAAGAUUUGUACCAGAGGAAGCUAACAGAUGAGGUUUCUGCAAGACAAGAUUUAGAAGAUCAAAUUAAGCAACUUCAGCAUGACGGCAGUUCUUUGCAGUCUGAAAAAACACGACUGGACAAUGAAAGUAAAACCCUGCGCCAGAAAGUAGAAAUCCUCACUGAGCUUUAUCAGCAGAAGGAGAUGGCACUUCAAAAAAAACUGACCCAAGAGGAGUAUGAGCGUCAGGAAAAGGAACAGCGAUUAUCUGUAGCAGAUGAAAAAGCCAUCCUUGCCGUUGAAGAAGUGAAAAUCUACAAGCAGCGAAUUCAGGAGAUGGAAGAAGAGUUGCAGAAAACGGAGCGAUCCUUUAAGAACCAGAUUGCAAGUCAUGAGAAGAAGGCCCAUGAAAACUGGCUUGUUGCUCGCACAGCUGAAAGGACCUUGACGGAAGAGAAAAGAGAAUGUGCUAACUUAAGACAAAAGUUAAAUGAAGUAAACACACGGGUUACAGCUCUUCAGAGACCAUCCAUUGUAAAACCAGCUCCUGGGAGACCUGAACACCAGCCCCCACCAAGGAGAGGUGCCCUGAGCAGGGAUGGCUCGUUUGGGCCUUCACCAGUGAGUGGGGGUGCUCCAUCUCCUCCCAUGAUGAUGGAUGUGUCUCUCCGAUCAGCUUCUGCUAACCUGAACAGAUCAGAGGGAAAUUUUGGUGGAAUGGAUGCUUCCUCAGGGACCCGGCGUCCUUCACAUGACAUGUCUGGAAGAACAUCGGCUCCUGUGGAUCUAGGGCGCUCCGCAACUGUAUUGAAUAGUGGCCCCAGGACAUCGUCUCCCUCUGUGGAUGGAUUGGUUAUGCCUGUAGCUAAAGGUCCUCCAUCAUUUCCUGGCACUCCAGUGAGGAACUCUCCAGCAGGGGCUCCUAUGAUGUCACAACCUCCUGGCCGUCUGAUUGGUCCAACUCCACAAAGAGGACACUUCGGGUCUCGAGCAUUGCCUCCUGGACAAAUGCACGGCCCUCCAAGAUCUAUGAUGCCGCCUGGUGGAAUACAUCCAUCUGAUCCAAGAGGCCUGAUUCGAGGCCAGUUACCGCCUAGAGAUUACCCUCCAGGCCCUGUUCCAUUGCAUGCCCCUAGAGACUACCCAAUGCCACCACCAGGAGCCAGGGACUUCCCACCAGGACUGCCACCGCCAGGACCCAGGGACUUCCCACCAGGUCCACCACAUCCUGGACCCAGGGACUUCCCACCAGGUCCACCACAUCCUGGACCCAGGGACUUCCCACCAGGUCCACCACAUCCUGGAUCUCGGGACUUCCCUCCUGGUGCUCUGCCUCCUAGAGAUUUCCCACCUGGUCCUCGAGAUUUCUUUCCAGGUCCUCCCCCACCAAGCGCUCGGGACUUCCCACCCGGUCUUCCACCCCCAGGAGCUCAUGAGUUGCCUCCAGGAAUGAGGGACUUCCCACCAGGUCCACUACCUCCAGGCGCCAGAGAUAUUCCACCAGGGCUCCCUCCUCCAGGCGCUAGAGACUUCCCACCAGUACUGCCUCCUCUUGGUUCAAGAGAGUUUGUCCCAGGCCUACCACAUCCUGGAGCCAGGCAUUUCCUACCUGGGCCACCACUAGGUCCUAGAGAAUUUCUACCAGGCCCUCCACCACCUGGAGCAAGAGACUUUCCUCCAGGUCCCCCAACUAGAGACUUUGUAGCAGGACCACAUCCUGGAGUACCCGCUGGGCCUUCAUUACCUGAUCAUCGACCUGUUCCACAGAGUCAUAAUUUAUCAUCACAGACAGACCCGUCUCAAGCUCAUAAAAAAGUCUAAAAUUUGACACAAAUUUGCUGGCACAGUCCGUUUGUUUCCUAAUGGAUAAAGUUACCGGUCUACAAAAACUUCCAGUUUAUUAUUUCACGUGUCUUAUAUUUGCAAUAAAUAUUUUAUUCCAUUCAACCUCCUUAGAAAUUUUAAUGGUUAAUUAUUUACAGCAAAUUGCAUUUUUGUUCCGCUAUAUUGAAUUCUAAAACCAGGUAUUUUUGUUUUUUUUGUAAACUUUUUUCCAAGCGUGCAAUACAAAACUCAACAUUUGUAGUUUUAAUUUUGCUCUUUUUGUUGCCAGGUUUUUUUUUCUUUUUUUUAAAGUUAUUAUUUAAAUGUUCUGUAUGUAGCCAUGGAUUGUGGAAAGAAAUGAAUGUCUAAAAUCUUUGAAAAACAUUUCCUGUGGAAAUAACAUUUUUUAAGAAUAUCGUUAUUUUGACUGAUUUCCACACUUGGCUAGCUUAAUUCUAUUCUAUACCACUGGUUUACAUAGGACAGAUACUUGUUUUUAACAUCUGGGACUGAGGAACCAGAAA